GAUAAUGUCUGUGUUUCUCAGUAACUUAUCCACAAAUGACUCUAACCUGUGGAAAGGAAACCGUAAUUCGACAGACCCUUUAAAUCCGCCAGGAGCCGUGAAUAUCUAUCUUUUUUGUCUGACAUGCCUAAUGACUGUGGCAGCCCUGGCAGGCAGCAUUUAUUCACUAGUUUCUCUGCUGAAAAUGCGGAACAGAACUGUUGUGUCCAUGCUUGUGGCUUCCUGGUCUGGGGAUGAUCUCAUGAGCGUCUUGUCGGUGACCAUCUUCAUGUUUUUGCAGUGGCCAAAUGGGGUCUCUGACUACUUCCAGUCUCUGUGCACCGUCUCCGCCUUACUUUAUUUAUGCCAGGGCCUCUCGAGCAACUUGAAGGCGACUCUCUUGGUCUCCUACAACUUUUACACGAUGCACAAGGCUGUGGGGCGCCAGGCAACCUCCAGAAGAGCCGGCCCGGUGCUCGGCGUGGCGCUGACCGUGUGGGCCGCCAGCCUGCUGCUCUCGGCGCUCCCCCUGUGCGGCUGGGGCGCCUUCGUGCGCACGCCUUGGGGCUGCCUGGCCGACUGCUCCAGCUCCUACGUGCUGCUCCUCUUCGCCGUGUACACGUCGGCUUUCGGACUGCUAGCCGGCCUCUCGGUCCCGCUCACUCACCAGUUGCUGUGUUCCGAGCAGCCGCCGAGACUUCACGCCAACUACCAGGAAAUUUCCCGCGGCGCGUCCACUCCAGGGACCCCUGCAACUGGGGGGAGAGUGCUUUCCCUGUCCACAGAUGAUGCUCAAGGUCCGGCCCCGCGGUGCUCUGGAGGAUGCUCCCCGAUCUCGGACACCGUGUUUGGACCGGGUCCACCCGCGAGGAGCGCAGGGCCAGGGCAGGAGCCGGGGCACGGUGCUGCCGCUGUGGCUGGAGACUGCAGGCGCGAGAACCGGGGGACUCUCUUUGGCACCAGGAGCUUCACCGUGAGCGUAGCGCAGAAGCGCUUUUCUUUGAUCUUAGCGCUGACAAAAGUCACCCUUUGGCUGCCCAUGAUGAUCCACAUGGCGGUCCAGCACAUCUUGGGGUUUCAGAGCCUUCCCUUUGAGAUGCUCAGCUUUAUGCUAACCCUCCUGGCCGCCACUGUAACUCCAGUGUUUGUUUUGUCCAAACAUUGGACACACUUGCCCUGUGGCUGCAUCAUCAACUGCAAGCAGAACACAUAUGCAGUGACAUCGGAUGGGAAAAAACCCAAGAGGAGAUGCUUUGAAUUCAAUCUAUCAUUUCAGCAAAGUUAUGGAAUUUAUAAAAUAGCACAUGAAGAUUACUAUGAUGAUGAUGAAAAUUCUACAGCCUGUCACAAUCUCAUGAACUAUGAGUGCACAGCUACAAAAGACUCUCCAAAAAGAGACACUCGUAUCUUCAGUGCCAUCAAAGUGGAAAUCAGCACCACAUCCUCUCUGGACAGCUCCACACUAACAGGCGUCAACAAAUGCACAAACACUGACAUUGCAGAAGCUGAACAGGAGUCCCACGGGGCAAGAGGUGUUGAUCCGCUGCUCUCUGAAAAAGCAGAAGGUGAUAUUAAACAUGGUGAAACCACCUCUUUGGAAGGGCCAGAAAGAAGACUAUCUCAUGAAGAGAGUCAGAAACCAGACCUUUCAGACUGGGAAUGGUGUAGGAGUAAAUCAGAAAGAACCCCCCGUCAGCGUUCCGGAGGUGCUCUGGCCAUCCCCUUGUGCGCAUUCCAGGGGACCGUGUCUCUCCAAGCCCCGACCGGGAAAACCCUAUCUCUGUCUACCUAUGAGGUGAGCGCAGAAGGGCAAAAAAUAACCCCAGCCUCCAAGAAAAUAGAAGUCUACCGAUCCAAAAGUGUUGGCCAUGAACCAAACUCAGAGGAUUCUUCCUCCACGUUUGCAGACACCAGCGUGAAAAUACACUUGGAGGUUCUUGAAAUCUGUGAUAACGAAGAGGCCCUGGACACGGUGUCAAUCAUCAGCAACAUCAGUCAGUCCUCCACGCAGGUCAGAUCGCCUUCCCUGCGCUACUCGCGGAAGGAGAACAGGUUCGUUUCCUGCGAGUUAGGGGAAACCGCCUCAUAUUCUCUCUUUUUACCCACCACCAAUCCCGAUGGUGAGAUCAACAUCUCCAUUCCAGACACUGUGGAGGCACAUAGGCUGAACAGUAAAGGGCAGAGCCACGAGACUGUUGGCUACCAGGAGGAAAUCCAGCUGUUAAAUAAAGCUUACCGGAAAAGAGAAGAAAGCAACGGUGACUAGUGAUCAUUUCGCCUGACAAAGGCAAGAAUGGCGCUGCAACU